AUGGUGCGCCUUCGAGAAGUGCCACGAACGGCCACUUUUGCCUGGUCUCCGGGCUCAGAAAAGCCUCUCCUGGUCACUGGCACUCGUGCUGGUGCUGUGGAUGCUGAUUUCUCUGACGAGAGCAAACUGGAGCUUUGGGAUCUGUCCCUCGAUGACCAGCAGCAAGGCUUGGAGCUCCAACCCCUAGCCAGCAUCAAGACUGAGUCCAGGUUCUACGACAUCGCUUGGGGCCCUGCCGAUUCUGACCACCCUAAGGGUAUCAUCGCCGGUGCUCUGGAGAAUGGCUCUCUGGAGCUCUGGGACGCCGAGAAGCUCGAAGCUGGUGCCUCCGAUGCCCUUAUCUCGCAGACCAACAAGCACACCGGUGCUAUCAAGGCGUUGCAGUUCAAUCCGUUAAAACCGCAGAUUCUGGCUACCGCCGGAGCCAAGGGCGAGCUGUACAUUUUCGACAUCAACGACAUUGAGAACCCGUUUAGGCUUGGUAACGUCGCCGCUCGAUCUGACGAUAUCGAAUGCUUAGCAUGGAAUCGAAAGGUGUCUCACAUCUUAGCCACUGGCGGAGCCGGAGGCUUUGUCACCGUAUGGGAUCUCAAGACCAAGAAGGCGUCGCUUACUCUCAACAACAAUCGAAAGCCUGUAAGCGCCAUUGCUUGGGACCCGAACAACUCUACCAAGCUCCUGACAGCUACCCCGGACGACAACACACCCGUCAUUCUAUUAUGGGACCUGCGCAACUCUAAUGCCCCUGAGAGAACUCUCCAGGGACAUGAGCAAGGCAUCCUGUCUUUGUCGUGGUGCAGUCAAGACAGCGAUCUUCUCCUGUCGUCUGGAAAAGAUAAUCGUACGCUGGUUUGGAACCCUCAGACUGGAGAGAAGUUUGGCGAGUUGCCUGAGAUGACCAACUGGACUUUCCAGACCCGGUUCAACCCUCACAACCCCAACCUGUCUGCGACGGCGAGCUUCGACGGCAAGAUCACCAUCCAAACCUUGCAGAACACCAACCCGGACACCUCUCAAACCCCGGCGGAGAAAAAUUUGGAUGGAGAGGAAUUCUUUCGAGCUGCUCAAACCCAGCCGCAGGGUGCAUCUUGGUCCCUCACCAAAGCACCCAAGUGGCUUGAACGUCCUGUUGGUGCUACAUUUGCUUUCGGUGGUAAGAUUGUGAUUUUCAAGGCGAAUCCAUCGCAGCCUGGACAGAAGCGCUCCUCCAAGAUUGCCAUUGCCAAGUUUUCUGCUGAUGCCGAUGUGUCCGAGGCGAGUGAGAAGUUUCAGACCGCGCUCGGAACUGGCGAUGUGACCGCCAUUUGUGAUGAGCGUGUCCAACAGGCUCAGACUGAGGAAGAAAAGGCAGACUGGAAAGUCAUGGAGACACUGGCUGGAAACAACCCGCGAGGACAGAUUAUCGAAUAUCUCGGUUUCAAGGAAGAAGAUCUCGUCAAUGGCGAAUCCAAGGCAGAAGCUGACAGUGACGACAAAAAGACCGGGCCUAAGACUGAAGAGGAUGGCGAGGAGAAGAGGAAGGAAGUUUCCGACUUCUUUGGCGGAGAUGACGGAGAUGAUUUCCUUUCCAGUGUUGCCGCGACCAAGGGAACUAAGACAGACAAUCCUUUCCAGCUGUUCGCUGAUGGAGAUACUUCCGUUGAAAAGGAUGUCACCAAGGCAUUAAUGUUGGGUAAUUUUGCCAAAGCUACCGACAUUUGUCUCAAGGAGGAUCGAGUUGCAGACGCCUUUUUGAUAGCCAAUUGCGGUGGCCAGGAGCUCGUCGACAAAGUUCAAUCCGCCUACCUUGCCAAGAAGAGUGGUGUGCCUAGCUACAUGCGACUGCUCGGGUCCGUUAUUGCCAAGAACCUUUGGGACGUUGUGUAUAAUGCCGAUCUUGACGGAUGGAAAGAAACCAUGGCGAUUCUCUGCACCUUUUCUGACCCAGCUGAAUUUCCAGACCUUUGUGAAGCCCUGGGUGACCGUAUCCAAGAAAAUGGCUCCAGAAAAGAUGCCUCAUUCUGCUAUCUUGUUGGCUCCAGGCUUGAAAAGGUCGUGUCCAUCUGGGCUGCUGAGCUUGAGGAAGCAGAGAAAGAGGGUAUGAAGGACGCCACUGGAGGCUCAACUUUCUCUGUUCACGUCAAAUCGCUCCAAAACUUUAUUGAGAAGGUCACCGUCUUCCGUCACGUCACCAAGUUCCAGGAUGCCGAACAGAGCCAGACCUCUGAUUGGAAAUUGGCCGCCCUGUACGACAAGUACACUGAGUAUGCUGAUAUUCUAGCCAGCCAUGGCCAGCUUGAGGUGGCGCAGAAAUAUCUCGACCUCCUGCCGUCCAGCUACCCUGCCGCUGAAAUCGCUAGAAACCGCGUCAAGCUUGCAACCAAGAAGCCCGCCGCCCAGCCUGCAGCCCGCCCUUCCACCAGACAGGUAACCGCCAGUGCAGCAGGCCGAACUUCACAGCCUACGCUCGGUUAUGGUACUCCUCAGCCGGCAACCACCCCAUCGACAACGACGAAUCUGUAUGGCGGCUACGGCCAGCCUCAGGCUCCGUUAGCCCAGGCCCAGCAAUAUCAACCACAGAACCAGUUUCAGCCUCAGGGGUAUCAGCCUUCCAUGGGAUAUCAACCGCCAACUCAGCCCGCUUAUGGAGGAGGUAUGGUUCCUCCACCCCCUAUGGCCGGUGGCCCUCCCCGGAGCUCCUCGUCCACGCCGUCUGCCCCCCCUCCCAGCAGAGCUAAGAACAUGGACAACUGGAACGAUGUUCCUAUGGUGACCAAGGCGGUGCCUAGGAGAUCUACUCCAGCUGCUCCUAUCACAUCUCCCUUCCCCGGAUCGGCGAGUCCGACUGGAGGGCCAACGGCACCACCCCCUGGGCCUCCUCCUCCCGGCGGUUACGGACGAACAGGUUCACCAGCACCGCCUCCCCCGAGAGGCCCGGCACCUCCUCGUGUGCAGUCACCUCUGACUGGACAUACGCAUGGCGUUCCUCCCCCCAGACCAUCAUCAACCGCCAACCAAUAUGCCCCUCCCGCACCACAGCCCGGUGCCGUGCCAUCGCCCGUCCCCCAAAUAGUCCCCCGAACGGCGUCUCCUUACAACGCGCCUCCAGCGGGAGCACCUCCGUCAAACCGAUAUGCUCCAGCUCCCGCUGCUCAACAAGCCAACCAACCUCCGUCAUCUAUGGCCCCUCCUCCCGCCGCUGGCAGCAGACCGCCGCCUCCAGCAAACCCUUAUGGCGCUCCUCCUCAACAAACUCCACCCCCUGGCCAGUAUGCUCCCUCACCAUAUGCUCCUCAGCAAGCUCAAGCCGCUGGCCCCCCUCCUACCGGGCCGCCUCCGUCAGGACCGCCGCCUUCCAACCACCCACAGGCUACACCACCGCCUCCAAAGGCUGCCGCUCCUCCUGCAAAAGCGAAGCACCCUGCUGGCGACCGGUCGCAUAUCCCAGCCAAUGCGCAGCGUCUCGUUGACGUUCUGAGCCAAGACAUGCAGCGUAUUGCGGCCAAGGCUCCUGCGACUUUCGCCCCUCAGGUUAAAGACACCCAAAAGAGGCUGAACUUGCUCUUUGAUCAUCUUAACAACGAGGAGCUAGUUCAACCGCCUACCAUCGACCAGCUUACGCGGCUGGCAGAUGCGAUCCAAGGCAAAGACUAUGCUGCUGCUCAGAAGUUGCAGGUUGAGAUUCAGCGAGACAAGACAGAAGAGUGUGGCAAUUGGAUGGUCGGUGUCAAGCGUCUCAUUAGCAUGAGCAAAGCAACCCCUUGA